AAGGAUUCAGUGCAGCUUUUUGAAGAAACCAAUCGAUGGGAUCCAGCUCUUUGUCAUGUCAUGAUCUCAAGCUUUUCCUGGCAUGGUCAUUKGAGGGAUUCUCURAGGCUUUKUGUUUAUACCUUGAGGGAGAACCUGAGGCCAACUGAGAUUACACUCAGCAGUGUGCUGAGCUCUAUCUCAGUCUUCACACCUGUGGAGUUGGKUAGUCAAAUCCACAAUUUGGUUCUUAAGUUGGGUUUUGAAUCUGACGCCAUUGUCGCUAGUUUGCUAGUAGACAUGUAUGCUAAAGUUGGWUCAGUUGAUAAUGCCAUGAAAGUCUUUACAGAUAUGCCUGUAAGAGAUUUGAUAUCUUGGAACACUAUGAUUAURGGUCUGGUUAAGAAUGRCAAAUACAUUGAGGCCCUUCACACUUUCAAAAGUUUGGUUUUGGAAGGUGUACUGGCAGAUAGGAUAACACUAGCAGGGGUGUUAUUAGCCUGCAGCCGUGCAGGUUUUGUCGACGAAGGGUUGGCCAUCUUCUCUGUGAUGGAGAAGAAACACGUAGUCGCACCGAGGAACRAGCAUUAUGCGUGUGUGGUGGACUUGCUGARUCGURCUGGUAAAUUUGAAGAAGCAGUUAACAUUAUCAAAACAACAACAUGCCAACCAACUCCUACAUUUUGGAAAUCACUCCUYAAUGCYUGUGCAAUUCAUGGAGACUUGAACUUCAUUGAAAGAGUUGCAGAAACUGUGAUGAAGCUGGAUCCACAAUCAUCCCUACCGUAUUYCGUGCUGGCUCAAGCUUACGCGAUGAGAGGUCGAUGGGAAAGUAUGGUUCGUGUCAAGACGGCCAUGGAGAAUAUAGCUGUGCAGAAGACGAAGGCGUGCAGCUGGGUUGUGAUAAAAGAUAAUGUAUAUGCUUUUGAKAAUGACCGAUUACAACAACUUCRRGGCRAAAAUUUCGUUUCGGCAUUGGAKUUACUUAUUUGGGAGACAGAAGAUGAAUAUAUGUGUCUAUAAACAGGGGGAACAAUACAUUAGAAAUGUCUUGUUAUAUUCAUGAUCUG